AUGCACUCCAUUGGGCCUGCCGCUUAUAAUUCGUUGUUAGUAAGCAACAGACCAACUCCAAAAUCAUUCAAUCUGGAUCACGAUCCCCCAGUCCUGGACUUAUGCGUGAAGAAAAAAGGUGAACCUCCAUGCUACACCUUAAACUACCCCAGCCCAAAACAUUCCCCUGUAUAUGAUAAACCUCUGCACCACUCCCGUAUGCCUAGAAACAUGUCUGAAUGUUCAGAAGACUCAGAGACCUCCAAGUCUCCCUUGGUAAUUGACAACAACUGCCCUAGAAACAGUCCAAAGGUACCAAGACCAUUCAAAGCGUUUCCAAAAAACCCGCUAGCUUUCACUUUAAAUGUUUUCGCGAAAAUUGACCCCUUACGAACAGAAUCUCCUGGGGGGACAGAACCCAGUUACGAGGAAUUCAGGAGAAAGAUGUUAGAAAAAGUUGAAGAUAAUAAAGGGACAAAUAUGAAUAUGAGGAGGUAUCAGAAUCUAGACGAGAGACACGCCGACCCUUCGUAUUUAGAGAGGAGGAAGAAGAACAACGAGGCCGCGAAAAAAUCAAGGGAGGCCAGGAAGGCCAGGGAGGACGAAAUUACUAUAAGGUGCGCUUUCUUGGAGCAGGAAAAUAUUAGACUUAAAGCUAAUUUGGCUUCAGUGGAAAUGGACGUAGAAAGAUUAAAAAGUUUGAUAUUCAGAAGAUAG